AUGUUCGUGGGACUCCUCCUCACUGGAAUGGUCUCAUCGGCUGCUGUCUCCGGCUCCAAGGGGGACAUCGCCCCGAGUGACCAGGCGGUCGACAGUACUGGCCUGACCCCCCUUACCUUCAAUCUCGACGAGAUCUCGGUUGCAACUCCUGGUCAGACUGUGCAUGACUGCCACCCUGAAGAAGAAGGGUGCAAGGAAAAGGCGAAGCUACUCGCCAGAGCUACUCCUGCAACACGCAGUAUUUGCGCAUCGGACCAGACCUACACCAAAUCUGAAUGCCUCAAGUCAAACAUCCUUACGGUCUUCUGCCGGGACGGAAAUGGCCGGGUUUGGCGUAAAUGGGUUGUCUGUGAGAAAACCGAAAUCUGCGUUCAAAACGACUUGGAUCCUCCUUAUGCCACCUGCAAGCCGGUCAUAGACCUUGUGCUAUGGUAUACCAACUCAGCUGGCGGGUCCCAAGUGACCGAGAAAUAUAUCCAUUCGACCAAGAAGCAAUCCACUAGCAAAGUGGGAAACAUGUACUUCGACAGGAACGGGAACUACAUCAAACUCUUCCAGACAGACUUCUAUCGUGAGCCUGGAAGUUUCUUUGUUGGCGAGACUCUCAACGCCAACAGAGCUUAUUCUCAAUCAGUCAACUGGGCUGAUACGGAAAAUGUCAAGAUUGAUAUUAAGACUGGUGGAGAUGGAGGUAUUUCCGUGUAUACCUUCUUGACCUAG